AUGCUUCUGCGCUCGACUCUCGAAUCUUCGAGCUCGCGCUCCGACUCCGCCUCCGCCUCCGCGGCGCGCCAACACGUCUUCGACUACGCCUCCGAUGCGCUGCAGUCUGCAGUCGGCCUGCGCGAUCCGAGUCGCCGGGACCAGUUCGCUGCGGUGAAGGAAAGGCUCGCGGGGAUCGCGGACGAGUGUUUUGACUUUGCGCCGGGGGUGGGUGCGCAACCGGGGAACCUGGACAGAUUCGUGCACGAGAGCGUGCGGGCGUUCCCGGAUUUACUCGGCAAGUGCGAGCGCGAGAUCGAGUUGUUGCACCAUCUCCAGCGGUACGGGGCCUGCUAUCUCAUGUGCAAGUCGGCGGGGGAUGACGCUGCAGCGCGUCGUACUCAGGACAAGAAGAACUCCCGCACUGGGCCUCCGCUUACUAUCAGGGUACCCAAACCGUCGCGCGAGAAUCAGCGUGCCCCCGAUGGACCCGACUUCGGACGCGCCACCAUCGAAAAAUUUCUUGCCGAGUGCCAGCCCAGCAUGCUCCACCUGCUCGCGAACUUUGAGCAGGCUAAAAUAACCGGGGCCGCUCAUCUUCAGCGUUUGGUUCUCAAGUCGCGCGACGAGGCGGCCAUUCGUCCCUAUCUUCGCAAACUCAAAGUAGCCGAAAGCGAGCUCGAGGUCGAGGCUCUGGUGGGAGGACUGCAGGGAAGGCUGGAAUUGGCGGACAAGUAG